GGUAAAAUAGUCCUUUGUGGCGGCGACCUUCCUAUCGAGAGAGAAACUAAACAAGUGUUUGUUUGGGGGGGAAAUUUUUCUCAUGCGCCACGGAAAAAAAACUCUCUGGUAAGCCACAUCUCUCAUUUCUAGGUUUUUUGUAUUAAUAUCUUGGUAUUAAACUACAACACUUGGAAUUGAAAAGAUUACGCGUUCAAAAAGAUUAGGUUUUGCUUAAUUUCCUUUGUCAGAUCUACUGCUAUCUUGAAAAUUAGGUUUUUCUUGAGUUUAUAAUUUAUAUAAAAAAGGUAUUUUGCCCUUUGGGGGGUUGGGUUCGAGAAUUUCGAGUUAAUUAAAGUGUGGGGUUUGCUCAAUUUCUUUAUCAGAUCUGUGCGUACUGAUUUUAGGUUUUUUUUUUUUUUUUUGAGCUCACUUCGAAAAUUGGUAGAUAUUAGGUUUCUUCUCUUUUGGGAUUGGGAAUUUGAAAUUGAGAAGAUUACGAGUUGAAAAGAGUGGUGUGCUUCCCAGUUUCUUUAUUGGAUCUUUUAGAAUUGAGUUUUAGGGUUUUUUAUCUUUUCUUUUUUAUAGUGUUUAGAGUUUGGUGAAUUAGGGGUUUUGGUGGUUUAGAUUUGGUAUUUGUGGUUCGGAUAUAUAUGGCUGCUGGAAGGAAUGGGAGUUUUCGUGAUAAUGAUUUGAAAGAACGAGAAUCUGAAGCUGAAGUAACCAAAAGGAGGGAUUUUUAUUAUCUAAAGGAAGAAUAUGAUCGAUUUGGGAACAAUUGUGGGAGUGGUGAUCGAGGAAUGAGGGGGUCUGGAGAAUUUGAUAGGAAGAAAGAAAGGGAUGCUGGUGAUGAGGAUAAUAGGGAGAGAUUUAGAGUUAGACAGAAGGAUAUUAAAGAGAGAGAAGUAGGUAGUAAUGGUGUGUAUCGUUCUUCUUCUUCUCCAUCUAGUAUGAGUAACUCAGGUAGUGGUGGUAGGCGAGCAGGAGCUGAGGUUUCUGUUAGAACAGCAGGUGAUAGAGAACCCGGUGAAUUGUCGAGCGGAAGUGGAUCUGAGGAUGGGGACAUUGUUUCAGAAUCUCGGGUUAGCAGGGAUAAUGAGGUUUCGAAGCCUGAAAAUGGUGUAGAUGUAAAGAGAAAGUUUACUCCAAUUGUGUGGGACCGGGAAGAGAAAGAAAGGAACAAAACAUCUGCUGAUCGGGUUACUGUUUCACUGAGCUCAAAGCUUCCUCCUCCUCCACCAAUGCCAAAAUCUUUUCGUCAGUCACCUAAUGUUGUUAUUGGUGGUGGUGUGCAGAUUUCUCCUAUUAUACCUAACCGAUUGCCCAGUCCACUGCCUUCACUGGCCAAGCCUCCCAUUGCUCCUAGUUCUGCUAGGUCUGCUGUAUCUGAAUCUUCAGAAGUAUCAUCCCCUUCACCAUCUCAUGAGCAUCAGUGGAGUAAUGAUCAAGAACCAGGGAAGUUGGAAGAAGAUGAUUAUGUUUCCACACUGAACAUCUCAGCUUCACGUUGGGCGGAUGAGAGUAAUUCACCUGGUAAUGUUGGGGAAAGUUCUGACCAUGAAGACAUGUCUAAAAGAAGAAAGAAAAGUUCAGUUUCUAGGUUGUUCAAUGGCAAAGUGAAGACGAAGGCAUUUACACCUGAGCUUGAUGAGCCCAGAAAAGAAGGCUCAGUUGGUAACCGAGUCAGAUCAUCAGAGUCUGGCGGAGGUCGCAACACUGGGUCUGCCAGUGAAGGUGAGUACCCUGAUAGAGAAUCGGGUAAAAUUGAUAAUAUGGAGGUUGACGAAGAGGAUAUGAACAGAAAUGGAAGUGCCUACCGUUCAGACUCGGAUUCUGAUGAAAUUAGGGAUUCUGCUCGAACGCCAGAGCCAAUAGCCCCUCCACACAGAAGUAUAAACAUGCUACAGGGGUGUAGAAGUGUUGAUGAAUAUGAGCGGCUUAACAAGAUAGAUGAAGGCACUUAUGGUGUUGUAUAUAGAGCGAAGGAUAAGAAGACGGGUGAAAUUGUUGCUUUGAAGAAGGUGAAAAUGGAGAAAGAAAGAGAGGGUUUUCCUUUAACUUCUCUGAGGGAAAUAAACAUUCUCUUGUCUUUCCAUCAUGAGUCAAUUGUCGAUGUCAAAGAAGUUGUCGUAGGGAGCAACCUUGAUAGUAUUUUUAUGGCGAUGGAGUAUAUGGAACAUGAUCUCAAAGGGCUGAUGGAAUCUAUGAAGCAGCCAUUUAGUCAGAGUGAAGUAAAAUGUCUGAUGCUACAAUUACUGGAGGGUGUUAAGUAUCUUCAUGAUAAUUGGGUGCUUCAUAGGGACUUAAAAACAUCUAAUUUGCUUCUGAAUAACCGUGGUGAGUUGAAGAUCUGUGACUUUGGGUUAUCUCGUCAAUAUGGGAGUCCGUUGAAGCCCUACACUCAUUUGGUAGUUACUUUAUGGUACAGGGCACCUGAACUUCUGUUGGGAGCAAAAUUAUACUCAACAGCUAUUGACAUGUGGUCCCUGGGUUGCAUUAUGGCUGAGUUCUUAGGUAAAAAACCACUUUUUACUGGGAAAACUGAAGUAGAUCAACUAGACAAGAUUUUCCGGAUUCUUGGCACACCGAACGAGACGAUCUGGACAGGUUUUUCAAAAUUACCUGGGGUGAAGGUCAACUUUCUUAAGCAUCCGUACAACCUACUGCGUAAGAAAUUUCCAGCCACAUCUUUCACUGGAUCCCCAAUCCUGUCUGAUUCUGGAUUUGAUUUACUGAAUAAACUUCUCACAUAUGACCCAGAAAAGAGGAUCACAGCAGAAGAUGCCCUUAACCACCAGUGGUUCCGUGAAGUUCCUUUACCUAAAUCAAAGGACUUUAUGCCAACAUUUCCUGCUCAACAUGCUCAAGACAGGCGGCUACGAAGAGUUAUGAAGAGUCCAGAUCCAUUAGAAGAGCAGCGAAGGAAGGAGUUGAAACAAAGGGAGUUGGGUACCACUGGUUUGUUUGGGCAGGAUAGACAAAUAUGAUUGUUCUCAACAGCUGGGCUUCAGAUUCCAGUGCCAUCCAGCUUGAAGUGAGAGAUUAGAGUUGCAGGAUAUUCAUUUUCCUCAGAGCCCUGAUGACUUUAAUGCGCUCUGUUUCUUUUGAUGUCAAGUUGAUGUGAAGUUGGGGACUGCGACCUCUGGUUUUCAUACCUGAAGAAGUUUGAUGGAAUUACGUUUUCACUUCAAAGGUAAUUAUGUCCAAAUAGUUGUGGAAUAUAGAGCAAAAUUUGGGGUUUUGCUUUUCAGUCAGGAUUAUCUACCUUCAGAAACAUAUUUUGAACACUUGGUAUUCUGAUGAUGUUAGCUUGGUGCUUACAGGCUCUGUUACAAGUAAUGUUGACGUGAUGGUUGAAUUUGUGUAGGCUUUAAUUUUGUUUCUUACUUGAGGGAAUUGGAACUGUUUACAACUUCGCUAGGGCAAUAGUGACUAUCCUUUUGUAAGAAUUUGAUGUGGUCCUGGCAUAGAUGUAGGUAAAUGCAUUUGAAGGUGAUCACCAACGUGAACUCAUAGCAGUACCUGCUUUUUGGUCAUCCCGUAUUGAACUUCAAUAGCUAUCUGGCGGGAGAUUUCUUAUGGUCAUUACCUUGCUUCCCCUUCAUUUCUCUUCAAAAACUGAUCUGGGUUCCCUCGAGUAGUCAGAGAAGCUUACCAAAGUGUGCAUCACUACAAUCAGCAAUAACAUAUGUGCUCUGAUCUCCUUAUUCUUCUUUUGAUUCUGUUUUCUUUUGUCUUACGCAAAUCCUUGCCAGCGUGUUUUGGUAGAUUCUUGGCUUAGAUUUCAAGAUGUAAAGGGGUGUGGGAUGUAUUGCUUUUAUGUCGUAGUUUGACCAAUUUGAAGCAUUUUGCUGGCUCCGUAAUUACAUGACACUUGUAUGCAAAUGCCACUGCAGUGUCAAACAACGCAGAUUGAGGAGAAUAGCAAUCAUUCAAGAAUCUGUAGAACUGCAGUCGUAUUUUCGGUGCUUCAGAUAUCUAUUCCAUCAUGUCUUGCUCAUCAGAGCAUCAGUAAAUUUACAGUUACGUUAGCAUCUUGGGUUGGAGCAUAGUCAUAUCUGCGCAACAAUUGUUAUAUCUUAUUGUAAGCAUCAUUUUAUCUUUUCAUAACCACUGUGCUUCAUCUGAAGAGAUCUAGCUAAGUAACUAUUGAAGGAUUAUGACACGGUUCUGCAGUGAAAUCCCCCUUGGCGAAUAACCAGAGAGAGUUUAGUUGUCCGUUCAUAAUUUCCAAGUUUUUGCUUUUGAAAGGUAUUCACUACACUGAAAUAGUUGAGGAGUUGCGCAGAAAUAUGUCGAUAACGUGAAUAUUAUUCGAUUAUUUUGUCUGUAACAUGCAUUUGCUCCUCUUUGGAUCCUCGAUUUAUAAGGCGCAUAUUAAAUGUCUUUCAUCUUCAACAAGGUGGGCUUUCUUUAGGUUGAGGAUGUGUAAAUCUUUGGUCGUGUUUGUUUUAAGAGGAAGCUUUCAAACCCCAGAAUCGGGGGUAAUCCCAAAUGGAUGUCAGCAAGUUGUUAAAAAAAAGUUGGUGCACUCGGUAUAUACUAGACUAGAGUCAUGCAAGUGGCACCCUGUGAUUAUUCAAAUUCAGCCAAGUAACUGAGAGAAAGAACAAACAUAACAAGUUCAGAAUUCUUGUUGUUAGAUUCCCAUUUUUAACUCUUACUCAGACCGUGAUUGUUCAAUAUUUAA